AUGCAUUCGCUGGACGAGCCGCUGGACCUGAAGCUGAGCAUCUCCAAGCUGCGGGCCGCCCGGGACAAGCGGGAGCGGGGCCCCCCUGCACCCGGCCCCGCGCCCCCCCCGCGCCAGGACGCCCCGCCGGCCGGGGAGAGCCGGGGCUCGGCGCGGGGGGGGCGCCGGGCGGGGCCGGCCUCCGGCCUCCUGGCACACUCCAAGCUGCUGGAGAAGCGGGACGGGCGCUUCCCCCCCGUGCCCGUCAUGGACCUGAGCCUCUCGCCCCCCCCGGGCGUGGAGUCCCCGGGGGGCAGCGCCCCGCUGUCCCCCGAGCGGCCGGGGGCGAGCGACCUGCCCCUGCCCACCGUCCCCCACGAUUUCCAGUCCCUGCGCUACAUCGAUGGCAUCCCCAGCUCCUUCCAGUUCUUCCUGCCGCUCAGCGCCGGGGGGGCCCUGCACCUGCCCUCCUCCGCCUUCCUGCCCCCCCCCAAGGACAAGCGCCUCUCCCCGGAGCUGCCCCUGCCCAAACAGCUCGUCUGCCGCUGGUCCAAGUGCAACCAGUUCUUCGACCUCCUGCAAGACCUCGUGGACCACGUCAACGACUUCCACGUCAAGCCCGAGAAGGACGCGGGGUACUGCUGCCAUUGGGAGGGCUGCGCCCGCCACGGCCGGGGCUUCAACGCCAGGUACAAGAUGCUGAUCCACAUCCGGACACACACCAACGAGAAGCCGCAUCGCUGCCCCACCUGCAACAAGAGCUUCUCCCGCCUGGAGAACCUGAAGAUCCACAACCGCUCGCACACAGGCGAGAAGCCCUACAUCUGCCCCUACGAAGGCUGCAACAAGCGCUACUCCAACUCCAGCGACCGCUUCAAGCACACCCGCACCCACUACGUGGAGAAGCCCUACUACUGCAAGAUGCCGGGCUGCCACAAGCGCUACACGGACCCCAGCUCGCUCCGCAAGCACAUCAAGGCCCACGGCCACUUCGUGUCCCACGAGCACCAGGAGAUGCUCAAGGGCCACCCACCCCCCAAGACGCCUCUGGGCUCGGCGGACGUGCCCUACGUCAACGGGGCGCAGCUCGUCAUCCCCAACCCCGCCGCCCUCUUCGCCCCCCACGGGCUGCCGGGGCUGCCCAUCCCACUGGCGCCAGCCCCGCUCGACCUGAGCGCGCUGGGCUGUGGGGCGGGGGGCUCGGGGGGGCUGCCCGCCCUGCCCGGCCCUGCGCUGCCCCUCAACGGCGGCCCCCUGAACUUGGCCAAGAGCCCGCUGCUGUCCUCGCCCUUCGCGGCCGGCGGCCUGGGGCUGCCCGUCAUGUCGCUGCUGGCCGGCGGGGCCAAGGCCGAGGCCGAGAAGGCGGCGGGGGCCGAGGGCCGCAAGGGCGGCAAGGGGCCGGAGAGCCGCAAGCCGGGCUGCGAAAGGACGGAGCUGGGGCGCCUCCGGGCCCCCCCCGAGAGCCUGGCGCUGCUGCCGGGAGCUGUGCUCGACCUGUCGGCUGGCAUCGGGGCGGCGAGCAGCCCCCCCGAGGCGCUGCCGCCUGGCUGGGUCGUCAUCCCACCCGGCUCCCUGCUGCUCAAGCCGGCCGUGGUGAAUUGAGGGGCUGGCCCCGCUCCCGGAAUCGGGAGGGGGGACGCGCCAAGACCCCCGGCGCUGCCUACACCAGCAGCGGGCCUGCGCACGAUUUUAACCUUCACGAAAGAAGAUCGGACUCUUCUGAGAAUAGCAAUAAUCCCUCGGCGCACAGAGCCAGCCACGACCCCGUGCUGCUGCUCGGCGUGAGCGCCACAGCCCCGCGGGGUGGGCCUGGGGGGCCCUGCUCUGCGCCCAGCCCCGGCCUCGGCAGCCGGAGACGCCGCUAUUUAUUUAUCGACCAGACCCCCUGCUCUGACGGGGCCCCUGUUGGGCUCUUCUGCUGUCGCUGACUUGGCGUCUCCCUGCCCGAGGCCUUGGCCCUGCCGGUGCCAGCCCGGGGCUGCCGUGGGGACAGCAGGGUGACAGCUUGGGGCUGCUCCCGCGGCUCCUGGGUGCCCAUCCCCAAACGCCCGCUCCGCGGCUGGGCCACCCCGCGCCGCCUCCCCGGCCCUCCCCGUGACAAGGCACACGGCCGCGUGUGCCGCUCGCCGCACCGGCUCCGCACCGGGGCAGAGCCACUGUGUUUAGCUAUGUUCAUACCUAACCAUGUAACGCAAGCGCAUGCAGGCAGCGCAGGCAGGGUGCCUGGCACGGGCAGGGCUGCGGGCAGCUGCCAGUGGCACAUUGGCACCGGGUGGCUCGGUGCCGUGCCGGCUCCCUGGGGCCCCACAGGGGUGGUGUUUUCUCCUGGCGUGGCCGGGCCACCCUGCCUGGCAGGGGACCCACAGGGUGUCCUGCCAUGGGACAGGCCAGCCCCACAGCAAGCUUCUGAAUGUGCCCCCCCACGCUGUGGGGCAGCACCGGUGCAGGCUAGGUGCUGCAAAUUGCCCAGGCUCUGUGCAGCACAGGCAGAGCCCAGCCCAGCCCAGACGUUGUGGCAAAACGGAGAUUUUUGGGCAGCCCCAGUACAGCUGGGCAGACAGGGCCCCCGCUCGGCUCUGCCAGCAGCACCAAGAGGCAGGAGCCUCGGGGAUGGGGACCACACGGAGGUGCCCCGAGGCCCCUUGAGGUCCAUCCCUGCUCCCCCAGCUCCGACCCUCCCUCUCUGAGGGACCGCUCACACUCACCCGGGGCCAUGACCACCCCCAGCACGGGGGCCAGCUCUCCCUGACCGCUCCCAUGGCACUGGUGCCUCUCUUGCCCCGGUGCGCACAGGGGGGUCCUGCGUACCUCGCCCCGCCCCGGGCAGGACCCCUGCCCAUGGCUUUCUCCGAACCGGGGGUCUCCCCGACCCUGACCCAGCUGCAAGGAGCCCCACAAGGGGCCCAGGCUCGGGGAGGGGAGCGCUCCCUGGCCGCACGCCCCGCGGGGAGCCGGUCUCCCCGUGCUCACCGUCCUCGGGCCGGGGCGCGGCGGCCGCCCGGAACUGCCACAGCAUGGCAUUCGGCCAUCGACCAGGCCUCCCCGGCCGGUGUACGUUUUCUUGCUCGUUUGUUGGUUUGUGUUGCACAUUCCAGGACAUCAGUAUUUUAACGGUCUCUAAGUGCCUUUCUAUUGUAGUUUCUGGGUUGUUUUUAUUUUCCUCCUGUUGGGCUCCAUCGCUGUUAGCAUAGAGUUUAAGGACUACAGAAGUAAGAGAUAAGCUAACGACUAUAACACUAUAUUCCUCCAUGGGAGAGGAAGUUUAUUAAGAAAACAAUAAAGCGAAGUUGAAGUAA